AUGGCUUCCGAAACAGAUAAUACCGUUCCUACUCUCCGCAAGGUCCUUGUCUCUGAAUCUGAGCCACUUGCUCGCCGCUUCCGCGCUCUUUUCUCCCUUAAGCACUUGGCCUGCCUCCAGCCUACCACAGACCAGACCCUCCCCGCCAUCGAAGCGAUCGCCGCAGGUUUCGCGUCGCCUUCAGCUCUGCUCAAGCAUGAGCUUGCCUACUGCCUUGGCCAAACCAAGAACUUCGAAUCUGUCGCAUACCUGCAGCAUGUGGUGAAGGAUACCGAGGAGGAUGCGAUGUGUCGCCAUGAGGCUGCCGAGGCGCUGGGCGCUCUCGGAUACGCGGAUAGCUUGGACAUCCUUAAGAGAUUGAGGGAUGACACAAAGGAAUUGGAUAUUAUCAGGGAGACUUGCGACAUUGCUGUCGACCGAAUCCUGUGGGAGAACUCAGAAGAGCGUAAGGCCGAGAAAUUGAAGCCUAGUGAUUUUACCUCUAUUGACCCUGCUCCCCCCAUGCCCCUAGAGGCCAGCGCCGAACCCUGCAUCCCCGACCUGGAAAAGACACUGCUUGACACCAAGCUCCCUCUGUUCCAAAGAUACCGUGCGAUGUUCGGUCUGCGCGACCUUGCCUCGCCCCCAGAUCUUCCCACAGCAGUCGACGCCGUCAAUGCGCUGGCUAAGGGCCUCAAGGACCCCUCUGCUCUCUUCCGCCAUGAAGUUGCCUUUGUGUUCGGACAACUCUGCCACCCUGCCUCGAUCCCUAGUCUCACAGCCUCGCUGAGUGACCUGUCAGAAGUAGGAAUGGUGCGACACGAAGCGGCGGAAGCCCUUGGCAGUCUGGGCGAGGAGGAGGGUGUGGAGGAGACCUUGAAGAAAUUCUUGAAUGACCCAGAUCAGGUGGUCAGGGACAGUGUCAUUGUUGCUCUUGACAUGGCAGAGUUCGAGAAAAAUGGCGAAACGCAAUAUGCGCUAAUCCCGGAUACCGCUGCACCCAUUCCUGCAUGA